ACCAACUCAUAAUUUGAGAAUUUUUGCAAGUGAUGAAAAGAGAGAUCGAGUUUGAUGGAGAAGAAGAUGACGAGAAUGAUUGUGGCGGUGGGAGAGAAUUUCAAUCUUGAAAAUGCAGUGUGCAAUCAUGGCUUCUUUAUGAUGCCUCCUAACCUUUGGAUCCCAACCCACAAAUCCCUCACACGUCCUUUACGACUCAACAACCCCUCCAAUUCCCUCAACGUUUCCAUAACUCAACUCCCAAAUCAACAGUUUCUUGUAAUCACCCCACAACAACAACACUCUCCUCCUCACUUUCCUUUCAAGAUGGACAAGCAAUACGCGUACGCACCCACCACUUGCAACAAGAUUUUGUGUGAAGUUCAUUUACUCAAAAAUAUAUAUCACAUGAAUGCAGGCUCAGGUAGUACAAAUGUUGCGAAUUUCAGCAAAGGAUGAGAAGAUGGUAGAGGAAUUUCAUAGGAUUCAUGCAGAAGCAAAGAAGUUGGGGUUUGCUCGCAUUUUUCGUUCACCAACUUUGUUUGAAGACAUUGUCAAGUCUAUACUCCUUUGCAAUUGCACAUGGGGAAGGUCGCUGGAAAUGGCUGAAGCGUUAUGUGAUCUCCGGCAACAUUGUGGAAAGAAGGGUUCAAAAAGAAAGCGACGGAGCGGAGAUGGGCCGAAGGCUGUGGACGACGACCGCUGGCAGAUGAGUAGAAACUUUCCAACUCCAAAGGAAAUAGCCUGUUUGGAUGAGGAGACCCUAAAUCGGCACUGCAACUUGGGGUACAGAGCAUCAAUCGUACUAGAUGUGGCGAGGAAUAUUGAGAAUGGAAACCUCAACUUGGAGGAUUUCGAAUCGGCCAUGUCCGAUGCAUCAUGGAUCCGCCAACGUCUGCUAAAGAUAAAAGGCUUUGGUCCCUUCACCGUCGCCAAUAUUAUGAUGUGCCUUGGGUUUUAUCAAUACAUUCCUGUCACUGUCAAGCAUUUGGAUGGUAAAUUACAUUUUUUGUCUCAUAAGUGGACCCGAUUCCAAUCUUAGUCCAUAUUCGCACAUUUGGUCCCGUAAAUGGAUUUUUUUUCUAAUUUCAGUCCCGGUUGGAGAUUUCCGUUAAAACUUAACGGCAGCUGCUGAAAUCCGUUAGGUGCCCUUAAAUAUCAAGGGAAAGCAUGUAGAAUUGGAGGGAAAGCAUGGAGAAUUGGAGGGAAAAUCAACAACUUGGUGGAAAUUACACUACACUCUCUUUCUUCUAU